CCCGCCGUCCGGCUCAGGCGGCGGGCCCGCCGGUGCGCGCGCGAGAGCGCGCACAGGCCGGCGCGGCCAGAGCGUGCCGGGCCGCGCGCAGCGGCGCGGCGCCGCGGGCCGUCCUCCUGCGGGCUGUGGGCCGCCUCCCCGGCCGUUCCCGCCUGUAGGCUCCUCUGGGGAGGCCCGCCGAUCCCCGGCACCCGCCCGGCAGGAGCUGCUCUUUCCGUUGCGUCCUCCCAGGCUGCCACGGAAGCGGAGAGAGGAGAGGCGAGGCAGGUCCUUCGAUCUGCGGGCGACGCGCCGUUCGCAUACUCGAUGCCGGAUGUCGAUGCAGCGGCGUGCCACCGCCUACAUCCAGGUCCAGGACGGACACGGGGCGACUCGUGCCCGCUUCGGGCGCGUGCCCGUGCUGGUCCAUCGGCCGAGCGCGUACGCGGGCGCCAGCGCCGCAGACAACUCCGCGGUGCCCAACGCCGACUUGCGCCUCUCGUGGGCACACGGCUACGACGGCGGCCGCGUGGGUUCAGUCCAUUGGAUCUCCGACAACGAGUUUGCCCACCCACUGGCCGGCUGCUGCGUCGUCCAGAGGCUUGAGCCGCGUGCGCAGCGCUUUUUCUUGGGCCACAGCACCCAGGUCACCUGCCUGGCGUUCAGCCCCGCCGCGGGCCUGUGCGCUAGCGGUCAGACGGACCCCGCUGGCAGCGGCCGCCCCUUCGUCGGCGUCUGGGCCCCGUCGGAUUGCGUGCUGCAGACGGUGCUCGUUUUCCACGACCGCGAAAUCAUGGCUCUGGCGUUCGACCCCUCUGGGCAGGUCCUCUUCAGCAUGGGCGGCGACAACAACCACACCAUAGCCGCCUGGAAGGACUUUCUACCGCCGCAGCGCGGCCGCAGCCGGGCGGCGAUGCAGGAGAGCUACCCCAUGGUCAUGCGGGAGCCGGUGUUCUCCGUCGGCGGCGGGCAGACCCCGUCUUUCGCCUUCGCCAUGCCCGCCGCGGGCCCGCCGCGAGCGCGGGGGGGCGGCGCGGAGAGCACCUUGUCCGUCAUGUUCGCUGCCUACGACGCCGGGUGCGCUGACAAGGGCUUGGGGAGCCGCAUGCAGCUGCAGUUCUGGAGCUUCUCGCACGGGAGCGACGGGGCUUACGACCUGAAGGGCAAGUUGGCCACGUUCGGCCAGUGUCCGAAGCCGGAGCAGGUGACGUUCGUUUCCUGGACCGCGGCCGGCCUCGCCCUCGUCUGCGGCGACAACGGCCUCUUCUACCUCUUCGAGAAGUCGCAGCCGAUCCGCCACGGCCGCGUCUGCGGCGCCGCCCUCGGCUUCGGCGUGGAGGUCCCGGGCCUGGACUGCCUCGUCUUCGGCUCUGGGGACGCGGUGCUGCACUUCGGCCAUCGCGAGCCGCCGACGCAGGCCGCGCUGGACCGGGGCGGCGGCGGCUGGCUCACGCCGGUGCGCCUGGCGGACGCCGGCGGGGCGCUGGUGGCGGCGACGGCGCGGCUGCAGUUGAAUUCCGUGGCGGUGCGGCACUGCGCGCAGUCCGGCAGGCACCUGGCGCUGGUGGGCACAGCGGACCACCACCUGCUGCUGGUUGACCUGGGGGCGCGCAGGCUGCUGACUGUCUUGCAGGUGGCCCACGGCGGGGAGACCUGGGCGCUCUGCCACCAUCCAGACGCGGAGCUCGGGCUCUUCCUCACGGGCGGCGCCGACAGCCAGGUGCGUUUUUGGGACCUGCUAGGCCCCGCGCCGGUGGUCGGUCGAGUGCUCGACUUCGCAGCGGCCAGCGCUGCGCCGGGCCGCCCCGCGAGCCGCGCCUCGGGGCCGCCUCGGCCGGCCGCUCGCGCGGCGGGCGCGUGGUGGCCGCCAGACACCGUGGCGCUGGCCCUGCGCAGCAGCACCCCAGUGACGGGCAUCUACGCGAUGGCCUUCAGGGACGCUGGAGACAUGCUGGCGCUCGGCCACGGCGAGGGUACCAUUCGGGUACUGUCGUUCCCAGAGCUUCGGGUGGUCUUUGAGCACUGCGCCUCCAGGGCCAGGGAGCGGGUCAGCGACAUGAAGUUCAGCCCCGGCGGCGGGGUGCUGGCUGCGGGCAGCUGGGACCAGCAGGUGUACCUCUACCGCAUCGAACUGGACGCCACCUCCACGCUCAGCGUUCACGCCCACCGUACGCUGACGGGCAUCCCGGCGUCGGUCACCCAUCUGCAGUUCAGCGGCAGCGGGGAAGUGCUCAUGGUGAAUUCCUCCGACGCGCAGAUCCUUUACUUCGACGGACAUACGGGGGAGCGCUGCACGGCCCCUGCGAAGUUCAAGGACACGGCCUGGGGCACGCCAUGGACGUGCGUGUGCGGCUGGCCAGUCAUGGGCAUGUGGGCAGCCAACAAGGACCUGGACAUCACUGACAUCAACGCGUGCUGCAGCCUGGACUUCGUACCCCGCGGGCGCCGCGCACUCCUCGCGUUCGGCGACGACCUCAUGCGGUUGCAACUGUCGCACUUCCCGGCCUUCUCGGAGGACCAGGGCUGCAGGCGGUACAACGGGCACGGCAGCCACGUCACCUCUGUGCGGGUCGCUCCGCCAGGUGCUGGAGGCGACAGCAGCGUGCUGGUGACCGCGGGGGGCCGUGACUGCGCGCUGCUGCAGUGGCAGGUGGUCCACCUGCGCCCGUCCGAGAAGCCGAGGCUGCGCAUGAGAACGAACCCUGGGAGGACCCGCAGCCGUGGAAGAUGAGAAACGGCGACCCAGACGCGCCCCCGCAGCGGCGCAUGUGGGUGAAGGAGCCCUCGAGGCCAGCCGCCGCGCCCGCGGCGCCGCCCUUCUCGCUGCACGUUGUCGCGCCGUCCCAGCAGAGCCUGAAGGCCGACGCGUUGCCGAAGACGCGCGGCCGACCGAAGCCGCCCGCCGCCGAGGAGGAGCUCGGCAGCGGCCGUCGCAGGGCGCCCACCGCGAGGACGGUGCCGCCGUGGGCGUGCGACGCGCCAGCCGCGGCCGUGACGGGGGGCCCGCCGUGACUCUGCGUGUGGCCGCAAACGGCGCCCCUCCUGCCGUGUCUGCCCCCCGUCCUGCCCCUCCCGCUUCUCCUCCUCCCCCUGCUCCCCCUCCGCAGUGCACCCAAUUCUCCGCAGCGUGCC